AUGGCGCCAUAUGAAGCUUUGUAUGGCAGGCGUUGCCGAUCGCCUUCGUGUUGGCUUGAGGUGGGUGAAAGGCAGUUGGCUAAGACUGAAUUAGUACAGCAAGCCUCUGAGAAGAUUGAGGUGGCAAGAAAGUGUAUGAAGAUUGCUCAAGAUCGCCAAAAGUACUAUGCAGAUCACCGUGCGCGAAAUUUGGAAUUUCAAGAAGGGGAUAGGGUAUUUCUUCGGAUCUCACCACAAAGACCGUCAAUGAGAAAUCGGAAGCAAGGGAAGCUUAGUCCGAGGUUUAUGGGACCGUAUAGGAUCAUUGAGCGAUUCAUACCGGAUCCAAAAAUGGAAGUUCCAGAGGAAGAGGUUGAGGUUCGUCAAAACCUAACCUAUAUUGAAAGACCAGUAAAAAUCUUGGACCGCAAGGAAAAGAAAUUGAGAAGCAAAUCAAUUCCAUUAGUUAAAGUUCAGUGGAACCAUCACUCUGAUCGGGAAGCAACAUGGGAGCUAGAAGAGGAUCUAAAGCGUCAAUUUCCUGAAUUAUUUGUUGAUGUAAUGGAAGAGUAA